AUGUCCUUUAAGCUCACUGUUAACAGCCACUUGGAGGGGCUUCCUCGAGUCGUUCAGCUGAAACUCUUUGACGCUCCAGCAACAUGUCUUUCGAUCUUUAGGCUUCUCCCGCCAUUGGCCAAGUUUUAUGUCAUCAGCAUGCUCUUCAAUGAAAAACCUGUGGCGGUGAAGGAUCUAGAGAAAUGGACCCAGCCACAGGCGAAGAGACUACAGUUUGAUGCUCUUAAGCGUCUUAGGGCGUUGCACAUCAUCGAGGAGGAUUCUGGCGGUACACAUUUACGUCUUCACCAGACGUUCAGAAACAACUUCAGGGAUUGCCUUACAGGCACGCAGGCGCCGAACGCUUUUGGCAUUUUGGCUACAGAGCCGCUGGACGACCGUGUGAGUAUCAGACUAUUGGAUAAGUUUGCUUCACAGAAGUGGGAGACCAUUCUUCAUUUCAUGGUCGGCACGGAAUUGCCUUCUGUGCCUUCGAAAUCGGUGCUUUCGUUGCUAAAACUGGGUGGGCUUAUGGAGGGGCCAGGGACGACGGCUGGGAACUUGAAGAUUACCAACUCUGGGUUCCAGUUUCUCUUGCAAGACGUCAAUGCACAGUUAUGGGCGCUUUUACUUGAGUACUUGAACUUGACCCAGGAUCUUCAUAUGGACCCAGUUGACGUGCUUAACUUUAUUUUUAUUUUGGGGUCUUUGGAGCUCGGUAAGGCUUACCAGGUGGCCUCCUUAAGCGAUACUCAGAUCUCCAUGCUCCCAGAUUUGCGUGACUAUGGGCUUGUUUACCAGAGGUCGGAGAAUUCGUCACGGUUCUACCCUACUCGUCUUGCCACAACGUUGACGGCUGAAUCUACAGGUUUAAAGACUCCAUCUAUGGUCAUGGACCAGCAUUUACAGAGCACAGAAAACGACACAGACGACGCCCUGCUGGGCCAGAUCAUCCUCGAAACCAACUUCAGUAUCUACGCUUACACCAAUUCGCCCUUGGAAAUUGCUAUCUUGAAUCUCUUCGUUUCUAUGAAGACAAGAUUUGCCAAUAUGGUGAUUGGUCUGAUCACAAGAGAGUCCAUCAGACAUGCUCUUUCCAACGGUAUCACCGCUACCCAAAUCAUCAACUUCCUCGAAGCCCAUGCCCAUCCACAGAUGCGUGCUAUGGCCAAGGAGAAGCUCGAUAAGAAGAUCGAGUUCGACGCAUCGCAUAAUAUUAAUACUGCUGGUGGAGCACCGCAGUCCAAAACCGGCGAUGCUGGUGUUGCUCAGCAUCGUCUUGAGAUCCUUCCGCCUAAUGUCGUUGAUCAAAUCAAGCUUUGGCAGUUGGAAUUGGACAGAAUUCAAACGUUCAACGGGUACUUGUUCAAGGACUUCAAGAACCAGAGCGAGUACGAUAUCCUUUGCAAUUAUGCCCUGGAGAUUGGCGUUUUGAUCUGGUCGGAAAAGGCAAAGUUACGGUUCUUUGUUACGCAAGACGGAAUGGCCCAGGUGGCUGAUUUUGCAGGAAGAAAGCUACGCUAG